GCUUGGAGACUUGUUGUUUCGUUGCUCGUGCGCAGGCAGGGAGCCUAGCCUGCUUGUUCGUAUCUGGCUGGCAUCUCUGCCUCUUUCCGCGACAUCACUCGAGCCUGUUUGUUGCGACAUCGUAUCUGUCGACAGACAUCGUAUUAUCUGGCGAUAGAUAAGACCACUGUAGCGAUGGACCGGCGUUUGGAGGAGCGGCGCAAGAACUUCAAGAAGGCCGUGGACUCUGCCGAGACCCGGCGCAAGCGCGAGGACCUCAAUGUGCAGCUGCGCAAGCAGAAGCGCGAGGAGAACCUGAUGAAGAAGCGCCAGCAGGCGGCCGACACGGGUCAGUUGGCCGUGGCGGCGGCCAAGCCGACCUUCCGGACCGAGACGAUCCCCGAGUUGGUGCAGGGCGUCAUGAGCGGCGACCGCAAUGUGCAGUACAACGCGACGCAGCAGUUCCGGAAGCUGCUGUCGAUAGAGCAGAGCCCGCCGAUCCAGGAGGUCAUCGAGGCCAAUGUGGUGCCGAUGUUUGUCGAGUUCCUCAAGGACUUCCACCGCCCCAACCUGCAGUUCGAGGCCGCAUGGGCCCUCACCAACAUCGCAUCCGGCACACCCGACCAGACCAAAGUCGUCAUCGAGGCCAACGCCAUACCCAUCUUCGUCCAGCUCCUCUCCUCACCCAACGACGACGUCCGCGAACAGGCCGUGUGGGCGCUGGGCAACAUCGCCGGCGACUCGCCCAAGUGCCGUGACCUGGUGCUGCAGGCGGGCGGCCUGGCCCCGCUGCUCAACCAGCUGCGCGAGAGCGAAAAGUUCUCGAUGCUGCGCAACGCCACAUGGACCCUGAGCAACCUGUGCCGCGGCAAGCCCCAGCCGCCGUUCGAGUGGGUGUCGCCCUCACUGUCGACGCUGGCCAACCUCAUCUACAGCAGCGACGUGGAGGUGCUCACCGACGCCUGCUGGGCGCUGUCGUACCUGAGCGACGGGCCCAACGAGCGCAUCGAGGCGGUCAUCCAGAGCGGCGUGUGCCGCAGGCUCGUCGACAUGCUCCUCCACAGCAGCCCACUCGUCCAGACACCCGCACUCAGGACUGUCGGCAACAUCGUCACAGGUGAGUGAGCCAGGGAGGGAGGCAGGGAGCGGGUGGAUGAAUGAAUGGGAUGGGUGUACCACACCACACCACACAUGGAUGUGAUGCGAUGUGAUGUGAUGUGAUGUGUGCUGUGUGUAUGGAUGGUAUGGUGUUGUACGGUGUUGUGUGCAGGUGACGAUCGGCAGACUCAGGUGAUUCUGCAGUGUGGUGCGAUCCCCAACCUGUUGGCGUUGUUGUCGUCGCCCAAGAAGGGCAUCCGCAAGGAGGCCUGCUGGACCAUCUCAAACAUCACUGCUGGUACACUACACUACACUACACUCCACACACCUCCACACAGAGGCGAGUGAAUGGUCAUUUGUCCUGCCCCACACGGAUGCAUCCCAUCCAAUCCAUGUGUUGUGUUGUGUUGUGUGUGUCAGGCAACCGUGACCAGAUUCAGGAGGUGGUCAACGUGGGUUUGAUCCCUCCCCUGGUGCAGAUCCUCGCUACCGCUGAGUUCGACAUCAAGAAGGAGGCCGCCUGGGCCAUCUCAAACGCCACAUCGGGCGGAUCGCCGCAGCAGGUCAGUCAGUCAGUCAGUCAGUGACCACUCAUGCAUGCCACGCACACUCGUCGACUCAUGUAAUGUCCUGCGUUGUUGUUGUGUUGCGGUUGUGUGCUGCAGGUGGAGUAUUUGGUUCAGUGUGGUUGCAUCAAGCCGCUGUGCGAUCUGCUGGAGGUCAACGACACCAAGAUCGUAUCCGUGGCGCUCGAGGCACUCGAAAACAUACUACGGUGAGCUAGACAGACAGACAGGCAGACACACGAACGACACACAGAGAGAGGUGGAAGGCAACCAGCUCAGCUCACGUCCGUGUGUAGCGGGGUGUGCGUUGUGUUGUGUUGUGUUGUGUUGUGCUGUGUUGCGCGUCCCUCAUUCCAUUCAGCGUUGGGAAGCAAAAGCAGCGUGACCAGAACAUUGAGAACAACCCCUUCUGCAACCUCAUCGAACAGGUCCGUUACACCGCAAUUACACAGCACACUCCAACUAUGGGACGGGUGUGGUGUGUGGAUCUGAUCUGAUGUGUGUGUGUCUCUAUCUAUGGUCAGGCUGACGGCAUCACCAAGAUCGAGCAGCUGCAGGAGGACCCCAACGAAGACGUAUACCAAAAGGUGCGCUGACAGGCCACACACACACACACACACACUCACACACGCGUGUGCGGUGCGCAUACACUCAUUUGUGUCUGUGUCUGUCUGACAUCAUUCUUUCCUGGCUCCCUCCUCUGUCCUGUGUGUGUGUGUGUCAGUCUGUCAAGAUAUUGGAGAACUACUUCCCGUUGGAGGACGAGGACAUCGGUGAGGGCGGCGAGGACGACAUGGGACAGGCCAACUUCCAGUUCGGCGCCAACGCACCUCAGGGCGGUUUCAACUUCGGACAAUAAACAUACAUAUAUAGCAUGCAGACAAACACACCAGCUGAUAGAGACAGAGAUAGAUGGUACAUACAGCCCACAGACACACAGACGCACCACAUCCAUCAUGCCAUGCACACGGGCGCACACAGGGAGGGGGGCCCUUCUGCCUGCAUGUCGUAGUGGGUUUUUGUUUUCGGGCUGUGUUGAGUGGCUGUGUGGCUGUGUGGCUGCGUGCAUGUUUGGUUUUCACGCAGUCGUGUUGGGGGCGGGCUGGCUGACGGAUGGAGUUUCGUAGCUAGCGGCGGACGGAUUGGUCUCAUCAAACAGACAGACAGACGGACAGACAGACAGAGCGGUGUCGCUGUUCCUUCUGGAGUGAGGUUGGUUGGAUGGCCAUGCGUGGCGUGCACGUGUUGAGCGAUGCAUGUGUGGUGUGGUGUGGUGACAUAUUUAUCCUAGUUUCGUCCAUUCGAUCCAUAGUCUCGCCUCUGUCUUGCUCGGCGUCCAUCUCGUCUCGUUUGGCAGUGUGAGAGGAGCCAUGCCAUGCAGCCCCCAUACAUGCGUGGCUCAUCUCAUCUCCAGUGCAAGGUCGUCACGCGCAGAGUGUAGCGCAGGGCAGAGGAAGGGAUAGCUGGCUUGAUGGGCCGGUUGGCUGGUUG